AUGGAGAAGAUCAUCGAAGCAUCCAUAGUCCCAUGUCGAAACUCUGUUCACAGAUGCAAAGAAACAACCACAUACGGAUACCAAUCAAGCAGCCACGAGAAGCUCUGCGCUUACAUCCCAUGCUCUUGCCCAUUACCAAACUGCAACUACAUCGGCUCUUACACCGAUCUCAAAAGCCAUGCUCGUUCUUCGCACUCUCGAGACGAGGACUACCUCAUUCCCUUUGCGUUGAACCAAUCUUUGAUCUUUGGCAUUGACCUCAAGAAGAAAGAGAACGUGACUGUUUUUCAAGAAGAGAAGGAUGGUGAUUUGAUCGUGGUUCAAGGGUUUAAGAGAUCGCACGGCUCGGAUUCAUGGUGA